CGAUAUGAUGCAAGAGUCGACCUUGCCACAUGUGGGCAACAACUACUUGAAGGGCGUCAUGGUAGACAAGUACAACGCUCUUUGCAAAGAACUACUGCGCCUGGAUGACGCCGUCCGUCGCUUGUCCGACGAGGCGGUCCGACUCCUGUCGCAUCAGUCGUGGCAAGACGCGUUGCAGCUAAACACACGGCGCAACGAGCUUCAGCUGGACCUGGAAGUUACGCUUGGACAGGUCGACGAGACCGUCGCGCACGUGAUUGUUUGCGAUCCAAAUUUGCUUCAGUCGUUCGACGAGCAACGGCCCGACGGCGUCGACGCACAUCCUCACAAGGACGAGCAGCCGUCAUCCAUGACCGCCAUCACUUUGCACCGCAAGCUGGACGUUCAUGUGGAAUGCGCCAGGAAACACAAGCUUAUUGUCACGUUGACGGAGGAAUGGCAGAGCAUCCAAGGCCAGAUCGACGACGCAUUGCUAUCUCACGACAUUCCACGCAUGGAGUCUCUCCACUCCAGCCUGGAGCAAGUGGAAGCGAAUAUGGCGGCGCACGAUGCAGCAAGGGGGCGCUUGUUCAUUCAUGAGGCCCUGGCAUGUCGACAUGUACAGCGAUGUAUCCUCCAGUGUCCUGUCAAGGAGUCCGCCCCCGAGGUCGGCGAGACAGAAUAACCUUUGAUAGUCCAUGUUCUGCAUUACGUACUUAC